AAUAUUACACAUUAAUAAUACUCCGUCACGCCUACAAUAAUUUACACUCCACCCAUUACAUAAUACCAGAUAUCAUCGGUCUCUUUCAACAGUGGUACAGAAGAGACUGACGUCAUCAACAAACAGAUCAUGGAAAAGAGAACAAUCAUCCUUAUUGGAAAAACAGGAGAAGGCAAAAGCAGUGCCGGGAAUACGAUUCUCGGAAAAGAAGUAUUCAUCGCUAAAGCUUCAGCUAAGUCUGUUACAGCUAAAUCAGAAAGAAAACAAGGUUUUGUUCAUGGAAGAAAGAUCACAGUUAUUGACACACCUGGAUUCUUUGACACAGAUCGUGAUGAGAAGGAGAUUAAAUCUGAGAUUGUUAAUUCUCUGAUUGAAUGCGCUCCUGGUGUUCAUGCCUUUUGCUUUGUUCUAAAGGUCGGAAGAUACACAAAACAAGAAAAUGAGGUGGUACAACAAUUUCUGAACACAAUGAAAGGGGAACAUGUCCUGAAACACACCGUGAUCUUAUUUACUCAUGGUGAGAAACUAGAUGACCAGACCAUUGAAAAUUUUGUAAAGGGCAAUUCCAUACUACAGGAGCUUGUUGAUAAAUGUGGAGGACGUUGUCACGUCUUUGACAACAAAUACUGGAAUGACUGUGAUUCAGGGUACAAGAGCAACAGAGUUCAGGUGAAAAAUCUGCUGGACACCAUCGACAAGAUGGUGAAAGAGAACGGCUUCUUCACCAAUGAGCUGCUUCAGAAGGUGGAGGAAGAUAUUCAAGAGGAGGUGAAGAAAAAUAAGGACAAUUUGCCCCCAGAUGAGAAGCGAGAAAAAGCAAAGAAAAUUGUUCAUAAAAAGUAUAUGGUGCAAUUUGCAGGAUUAGCAACAGGGGCUCUGAUUGGUGCUCUUCUGGGUGUAGUUGUUGCAGUAGCUGCAGCUUUUACUUUAUUGAGACGUUUUUGCCCAAUAAAAGAUCUAGUAAAAGCCAAGAUAGUGGCGGCCGCAGGAGGAGCAGCAACCACAGGAGGAGCAGCGAACGCAGGAGAAGCUGUGGCCGCAGGAGGAGCAGCGACCGCAGGAGGAGCAGCGAUCGCAGGAGAAGCUGUGGCCGCAGGAGGAGCAGCGACCGCAGGAGGAGCAGCAACCGCUGGAGGAGCUGCUGGAGGUGCCGGAGCAGGUGCAGGGGUUAGUACAGGUGUGGCAAUUGCUGGAGGUGUUAUUGGAGCUGCAGCUCUUGCAGGAGCCAUUGGAGGAGGAGUCACUGGAUGGAAAGCUGCAGAAGAAGCUGAUUCAGUGUAUGACGCAAUGACCAAAGCUGCAAACCUUAACUUUGAGAAUGCAACAGUUAUGAUAAAGAAAAUACAAGGACUUGCUGUCACUGCUUUUAAUCUAAAGAAUAAGGAAUAAAAAAUGAUAUUAAUUAAUUAAAAAAAAAAUCAUUUAUAUUCAGUAAUGACAAUUUCCAGUUUUGUUAACUAUUGGCCACAUUAAAAGUUGUGGAAAAAGAAACCUCUAUAAAUAAAUAAGUGCUAUUCAGAUUCAUUUUGACUUACUCAGACCCUGCUGUCUAGGAUUGUUAAUUAUUCAUUUGUGUUGCAGCCACAUAUGUUAACUUCCCUGUACAUUCAUCAUGCAGAUAUGGGCUGGUUUUUGUUUUUUUAAAUCAUUAGUGAUAAACUUACCCAGAAUUUUAUAUUUAGUUCCUCAAUUUAUCAGAAACAAAUUGCCAUAAUACAAUUGAUGAUACUGUGUAGGAACUGUGGACAAACCAGACACAUUAAUCAUUUAGAUGAUUCUUUCAAAACAUAAUUCUAAUUCAGAAUCAAAGUUCCGGCUCCAGCCAUCUACAGGAAAACCAACGUUAAUUACUUUUAUAACCCCCAUGCUUCCUGGCAGCAGGAGAAUUGACAAACCAAAUGGUCAUCCAAGAAGAUAAAGAGUCUUUGAUCACCAGAUCAAAAGAGAACAGAGAAACAAUGCAGGCCCUUUUGGUUUCUCUAAGGGACCUAAAACUUUACAGAAAACCCAAUGAAGACUGUUCUGCAACUAAAACUGCAUCAAAAUUGUUCCAAACAAUUUUAAAUGAACUUAUCAAACAUAUUUUAACUGCAUACAUUUUAAAUUGUGUCCACAAGUACUACCUGUAACCAGUUUUGCUUUAGAAGACCCACAAUUCAUGUAAAUGUGAUAACUCUUGAAUGACUGACUGAAAGUAUGCCUUAUUUAGACUUGAUUUAAUUAUUUUCCUCUUUUCUAAAUCCUGACUUGAAUGAAAUCUGUUUAAAAUGUAUCAUAUUCCAUUUAAUCGAAAUUAUGUUAAAAUGGCACUCUCUGCUAAAGCAGAGACGGGAAAUAACACCUAGACAGGAUGAUAUCUGAUUGGCCAAAACUCCUCUGAGGUGUGAAAAACAACUAAGUUUAAAUAGUCAAGUCAAGACAAGAAGACACAAAAAACAGAAGAAAGAACUGGUCAGCCAUGACCAGAGUAAGCACAACAAUGGAGUAACAAGAAGAACAGACAAGCAGCUCAUUCAAGCCAUCCAACUUUCAAUUUUCUUUUCCACUGAAAGUCUUGUGUUCUAAGUUUUUGCCGCAAAGUUCAACCAACGACUUCUGCCGCUUUAACUCCAGCGACAAAGAGACUUCCUUUCAAUUUUCCAGCAAGCUAAAACGUGAUUGGUUUUUACCUAACUACCAUCUGGAACUGAAAAGACAAACCAUCGACUUGGAAAACGCUUCUCUGCAUGCCGACGAGGGAAAUUCACAUUUAAAGUCGUCGCAAGCAAGUACCCCAGAUUAAAACUGAACUGGUGCAUUUAAAUUAACAAUUCAUGGUUCGUUCAGGUCAGAUCUUCCAAAGUGCAUAAUUUUGCUCGGAAUUCAUCAUAUCAUACUCUCUCUCUCUCUCCUAAAACUCUUUCUCUCUCAUUUCCUUUCUUACUGCAACACAUAUGAAUAAAUGUGUGUAUGUAUGUGUGUGUUCGUGUUAGAUUAGUUUGUGUUAG